GACAGAAUAAAGACCUAGUAGCUGGAGCCUUGGAAAAAAUACCAGAAGCCUAGCAGAAGGGAGAUGGAGCUCCAGCUCCAGGUCCCCCUUCCCAACCCCUCCCCCUGGGCUAUCUGAGAUGUAACCUUCUACCUGAAUACCACCUCCCUGGGGUCAGUCAUUAACUCUGGUCCAUAACUCCUGCCUGGUUCCAUCUCCUCCACCGACUCCCAGGAGACUGCCAUCUGUUCUCCCUGGACUUUCUGGGUCCUCAGGUCCCAAUGUCGGACACAGACAACUCAGCUGAGAUGCCCGCCCGGUGUCCAUCUCCUAACCCUGCUCCUGGUGCUAAGCAAGAACCACCGAACUCUGGGAUCACCAUUUCCCUCCUUGAAAUCGGAUCACUCCCCACUUUCUGCUACCACUCCUUCCCACCACCAAAGAAUAGUAUCUGUCCAGUAGAAAAAAGAGGGAGGGUACAGAAAUUUAGCAAUCUCUUAAAAGACGUUAAGGAUGUUCUUAAAAACAUAGCAGGCUUUGAAGAGAAGUCUACAGUUGGGGAGCCUUUUGAUGAUGAUGCCUAUAUUCCUGAAGACCUGUCAGAACUUAACGUCAGAGGUGUUGAGAAGAGAAAUAAAAUACGAUUUAAAGAUGAUCUAUUCAUUAAUUUCGACCCAGAGAGAGAACAGAACACAAUGAAGCAGGAGAUAUUAUUGAAAAACCAGAGUGCUAAGAACAUGGUACCAAAGUAUGCAAGAGAUCUGUGCAAUGCAGAAGAAAAGAGAGGCUAUGAUGGCGUGCAGGUGAGUGUGAGAAGACCACGGAAUGGAUCCCUUCACCUUCGUGGAGAGUACAGAAAACUCAGGAACAACAUGGAACAGUUACUGCAGGAAGCAGAUCACUGGAGUAAACAGCAUAACGAGCUCAGCGAACUAAUGAGGUCAUAUCAGGAAUGCCAGAAAGAAACCAGAGAAACUACUGACAAUGAUCGAGUCUGUUUGCAAAACCAAUCCAGCAAUGAACUAUCCACCAAGCAGAAGCUGGAGGAGCAGGUGAAGAAGCUGAGCCAUGACACCCACGCUCUGCAUUUGAUCGCAGCCCUGCUAGAGAAUGAAUGUCAGGUCCUACAACAGAGGGUAGAUAUCCUCAAGGAGUUCCAUCUCCACGAAGCGGGACCGGGGCAUGAGAAGCCUUUGCAGAUGUCCUGUGAGCAGGACAGGAAAUGUCCGAAAUUAGCGGAAGCAGACAAGACGGACGCUUUCAAGCAUACCACGAGGACAACGGAAGGCACGAUUAGAAAACCAAAGAUCCUCAGGAGCCCGGAUGUUUGCUUUACUAAGAAGGCUCGGAAUAACCGCUUCAAUGCCCGCGUUGCAAAGAAAUCUCUGGUGGGAAAAAGGAGAACUGUUAGCAGCUUUCGGUAGAAGCCGCCAGAAGCAGAUAACAACUUGAGCCAAAACUGUCAUCAACCCAGGGUAGAUCUUCCGAUUCCACCAAGGAGGAGGCAUAGGAUAAGAGGAACCUAUAUUAUCUCAGUAGUUAGAGAAGUUUGGGCCUUAAUAACCAUUGUAUGAUCGUUAACCAAGUGAAAUUUUGAAUAAAAACAAGAAUAUAAAA